AUGGGAAUAACAACAUCGAAAUCAGAGAACUUGACAACGGAUGAGUCAAAAAAACGAAGUGGAAGAGAAAAGAAAAAUGAUGAGGUUGUGACCCGGAAUGUGGGGGGCGUCGUGUUCAACAUAGUGGCAGGGGCGAAUGUGACGAUUUCCAAAAAUAAUACAAACUUCACUUCUUCGAUGCAGGAACCUGGAAAACUCACCUGGAGUGCUAAAAGAGCUCGCCGCAUCGCUCACUUCGAUGCUUUGAAAUUUCGAAUCGAAAAGGGAAAACAUUUGAGGAAACUGGAGGCGAAUGUAAAGAAAUCCGGAGGCAAGCGAGUUACUUUCAAAAGAGAUGUCGAGCAGAAAAUGGAGGUGAAGGUGAAGAUGGAACAAUCGAAACAUGUGAAGACCGAGAGCAGCGAACUCAUGAAUUAG